AUGCCGCCCGGCGUUCGCAAAUUUGGGCCGAGAUCCUUGGAGUUUGAAGAGGAGUCAUACCGCGUGCUGGGCGACGCGCCGCUCAAGGCGAAGGGACACAUCGGUGCACACUACCACAAAUGGGGCAGCCCGUACGUUGUCGACUGGGACGGCGACGGCUGGAUGGACCUCUUUGAGACGAACCACGUCAAGUACGAGUCGUGUGAGACGCACUGGGACCUUGCCCUGAAUCACGGCGGCGGUUGGCUCGAGGCUGAAACGGGAGUCGUCAAAUAUGUGGCAGGGUUGCGCGAGGAUGGAGGGAAGCUGCCAUCACGCUUCGAUGCGCAUGGCGGGGCGGUCCUCGAUAUUGAUCGCGACGGCCUGUUGGACUUGUACGUCGCGCAGGGUGCUGUGAGAGGCACAGACAUGACAGACCAGUCGGAGAACGGCCUCUUCUGGGGCACGCCCGACGGCCGGCUCAUCGGCGGACGCGGCGCGUCCAAGGAGGCGGGGCUCGCCUGCCAGGGCUGCCGCGCGUACAACGUGGGCCUACUCGACAUCAACCACGAUGGCCUCCUUGACGUCCUGUCGCUAAACAGGGAGCGUAAUGACGACAACAAGAUUCCUUCGCGGCUGUGGCUCAACCUGCCGCCGUCGCAGAGGAAGUUUGAACUCGUGCCCGAGAUGUCGGUCUACGCGGUCGGCGCCAUCAUGACAGACUUCGACCAGGACGGCUUUGCCCAGGAGCUGCUCGUCCUCAUCUACAUCCCGCAGACCACCUCCGGUCAGGACAUCCUCGCUGCGUACAAGUGGGACUCGGCGGCAGAACGGCUGACGGACAUCACGCCGGGCUGGCAGAUCUUUGGAAGCAAAUGGUCUCGGCGUCAUGCAUGGCAGCGCCAACUCCGAUCGGUCAAGACAGGCGCCACGCGUUCGCCCCCGUCGCCAUCCACACCUAUUUUGACCGUUCACAACCUGGCCCAGGCGGCCGAUUUUGACCUUGACGGCACGCUCGACCUCUUCAUCCUCUGCCGGUAUACGGGCGUCUUUCUGACGCAGGAGGAGGAUGGCAGCUGGGUCCGGAUGCCGGGCGACUAUGGGGAGCUCAACGACCCGGCGCGGAAGGAGGAGGAUGACGGCUGGCUCGAGACGUGCUGCGCCGACUACGAGAAUUGCUAUGCCACGAACGAGAUUGCAGCCUACCACCUCGUUGACUUGUGCCUCGCAUUGAACGGGCGAAAUGCGGGAAACAGGUGGUAUGGCGUGACGGCAGUCGACCUCAACAACGACGGCUUCGUCGACCUCAUGCCAUGCAACACGAUCUGCCGGGCCUUUCUCAACGCAGGACAUACUCGCAACUCGUACAUCGCCUUCAGGCUCGCCGGCACUGCGAGCAACGAGUACGGCAUCGGCGCGACGGUGCUCCUGAGCUGGCGCCCCCAGCCCGGCGCCGCCGCGCAGCUGCAGCUGCGCGAGCUUAACUCGGCAUCGAGCGGGAGCAACUUGUUCAGCAGCGAAGAUCACCGGCUCGUGUUUGGACUCGGCCCCUCGGGCGUGCCGCUGCGCGUAGAGGUCCGCUGGCCCUCGGGCAGAGUUGACAUCCUCGACGACGAAGCAGAGCUGCUCGCGCGUGCAAACUCGAUGGACGACAGCGGCACUUGA